CUCACCUGGUCUGUCACUGCCACAUUCCUCCUUAACUAUUACAGCUAAAACUUCAAUCAUUCUCAUCUUCCCGGGUGUGGAGUUGUGUUUAGUUUUGUUUAAUCAAAAGAUAAUAUGGCCCUUCUUGUGUUUUACUCCAGUGUCAGUGGAAAUAUGGAGAUGAAGAAAAGACAAGAAUGGAUCUUUAGUGUCUUUACAGCUAAAAACAUAGCUUUUAAAGCUGUGGAUAUUUCUCAGAAUUCUGAUGACAAAGAGUUAAUGAGAAAGAUCGUAGGCGAUCCCACUGCUCUUCCACCGCAAAUCUGCAGAGGUGACACCUACUGUGGGGACUACACAAGUUUUCAGAAUGCAAUUGAAGAAGAACGUCUAGAAGCCUUUCUAAAAAUGUAAAAAGGGCCAAAUAAUGUCAAAAGCAAAAAAGUUGAACCGGUUGAAAGAGUUAUUUUUAAAUUCAUUGUACUUCCAAAGGCAACAGUUACUGACACAUGGUGUUUUGGGGCAUAUUGGGCAUGUAAACACACCAAAAAUAAAAUGUAAUAUGUAUGUCUGUUAUAUUUUUAUCUUGGCUGUCUAAUUUUUACUGGCCAUGUUCUGUGAUUGGAAUAAAGCGUAGAGUAAUUUUU